AUGAAUCUUAGUAUUAAUACGCCAAAAUUUAUCACUUUUACUCUAUCGCGAGAACAUGGACUUGCAGCUGGUGUAGCAGUAUCAUCAUGGUUUGUCUUACAAUAUAUGGGAGUGAAUGUAAUGAAAGCUCGUAAAAGAUAUAACAUCGAAUAUCCAAAACUGUACGCUGCCGAAUCAGACCAAGAAAGCAAAACAUUUAAUUGCAUUCAACGUGGUCAUCAACAUACACUAGAAGUCUAUCCAGAAUUUCUUCUAAUGUUAGGUUUGGGUUCAAUUAGAUAUCCACUUAUUUCAUCAGUUGGUGGUGUUAUUUGGUUAGUUGGACGAAUAGUCUUUUUUCGAGGUUACGCAACAGGUCAUGCUGAAAAACGUCGUUAUGGUUCAUUUGGUUAUUUUGGAUUGUUUACAAUGAUGGGCUGUGCCAUCAAAUCAAUAUAUGAUUUAAUUAGAGCUUAA